AUGAAUCAAAAUCUUGGCCUCGGUUCGGCACAAUUCGAAAAAUUCAAGCAGUUCUUCGAACAACAAACGUCGUUCCCAUCCUCGGAGGUGCAAUCAUUCGCCGACAGCUGGGAGCACUCGUCAAAAGAGGUUCACCGGCUCUUAGAACACGCGGCUCGAGCCCGUCCCCAUCACACAGCCGACACACUGUCGGUCAACGAGACCGAAAGCUGGAUCAAGCAUCUCGUGGAGCCGAUUUUCGAAACUUGUGCACACAUUCAGCAGAAAAUUCAAUUGCUUGACGAACAACGAGUCGAGCUGUAUAAGGUUGAGAGCAAAUAUAAAAAAUUGCGGGCUUCCAAGCCACGAACUGUUUGCGAAAAAUGUUUUACCUAUGAGAUGAUCGACGGAAAGCAGGAACCGGUCAACCUGACUUGUCAUCGGAGUUGUGCCCUCUGCGAAAAAGACUCAACAGUCUCUUGUCCCGCAUUUUCCAGGUAUGGUCAGUGUUGCCCAAAAUGUGGCUGCGAUGUUGGUGAUCCCAAGCGAAUUUUUCUCACGACUACAAAGAAAAUUCCUAGAAUCGAAAAUCUCAUCGACGAAUACCAAGGGGAGUUCGAUUUUGUCCUAAAGGCAAUGUCCACAUUUUCAGUGUUCCUUCAAAACAAUGGAAUCACUUUGAAAGGAAAUCUUUUCGAGAAACAUCUACAAAAAUUUAUUUUGGCCGAGAAAAAGAAACACAAAAGGACUGACUCGGAUCGUUUACACCAAUUGAACAGUCUCAGCAUAAGCUACCAAAACGUUUACAUCACGAUUCUCCGUGAAAAGAAACACAAAAUCGGCCUCGAAAAGCUUCAAGACAUUCGGCAAAAACUGUUUUCGUUACCGCACACCGGUGGCAAUAUUGCCGAGACUUUCGUGUCUUGCAUCAAAGGCGGUCAUCAGGACUUUGCGGCAACUGUCACAAAGUGUGAAGAGUCGACAUUUCAAAAAUGGCUUGGCUACGCGGGCUCUUUGAAAGAGGGAAUCUUCGAAGUCAAGCCGGUGGCGGUGUUUACACGUUUGAUAACCAGACCAACAGAAAAGGAGACUGAAAUGAUGUUGACCGCA